AUGCGUCUCUCUAUCGCCUCCAUCGCCUUGCUCAUGGCCACGGCCCUCGGUAUCUCUGCUAAAGACAGCGAGGUUGCUUUCGGCAUCUGCACAUGCUUCAACCCCAAGUUCGACGCCUCGUGCUGCAUGAUUGCCAAAGGCUUCAUGAUGAACGACGGCAACGUGUGCGAUACACCUGACGCCAAGGGCUCCAUCACAAAGUAUGAAUCCUGCUGCACCCGCUCCGGUGGCCGAUACAAAUGCAAGACUGGUUACCGCGACCCCAAGCACUGGCCCCCAGCGGACACGUACGGCUGCAAAGCUUAA